CCAUUUUCUCCCGUUUUCCUCUUAAAUCCCAAAAAUCCCUCCUUUUUUUUCUUCCCUCUCUUCACCUACGCACCUUCCCCUUCAGUAUUUUCAGAUGAGAAUUAGGGGGAGAAAGGAGUACUCACAGAUGAAGACGAAUCUAUCUCCCCCUCUGCUUUCCCGACCCUAAAUUUGGGAUCUUUUGCCUUUUCUAGCACACCAUUGCACUUCUCGGGUGUUGGGCACACAACUCAGGCUGGAAUGAGGAAACAUGGGUGGCAGCUCCCUUACCAUCCUCUUCAGGUUGUCGCCAUUGCUGUUUUCCUGGCAUUGGGGUUCGCUUUUUAUGUCUUUUUUAUGCCUUUUGUUUGCAGGAAGGUGCUUGAGUAUGUGGUGAUGGGGAUCUACACUUCUUUGGCUACAUCCGUGUUCUGUUUAUAUGUUUGGUGUGCUGCGACAAAUCCUGGAGACCCGGGGGUUUUCAAGUCUAAGAAAUAUCUUAUGGCGAAGGGCAAUAGAAAGAGUUGUAACUUUAAGGAUUGCAGAGAAGAAGCACAAGUUGUGACAACUUCGAAUAAGUUAUUGGAUGAUGAAAUCAAGAUCGAAGCUACAGGCGACAACAGAUCUCAAGGAAUUGAGAAGAAAACGAGCGAGGAUGGCAUGUUUUAUUGUUGCCUUUGUGAAGUUGAGGUUAGGAGGCAUAGUAAGCACUGUAGAGUUUGCGACAAAUGUGUCGAUCACUUCGAUCACCAUUGCAGGUGGCUUAAUAAUUGCAUUGGCAGAAAGAACUAUUGGAAGUUCUUUGUACUCAUGAUUUCAGCAAUUCUUUUGGUAAGCACCAUCUUUUAUUGUAUUAAUUCAAAUCAAUUGAUCAUGUAUUGA